CUCGCAUUCUGUGUCAUUUAAACCUUGAUACACCCUUAGAGUCUAACAGCUGCGUCCACUAUGCCUCCUACUGCUGGGCCAUCGAAGACGGGGCGAGACGGAACGAAGAAGGGAAAGGCAAAGCAACAGCAAAUGCGCGACGACUCCGAGUCCGAGUCCGAGGCAGAUAUUCCUGACAAUGCCAUUUACGGACCACGAGGGGAAACAAAAAGGCAAUUCGAUGCCCGCGUCGGCGCUCAGCCGGUCCACGAUGCUUCUUGGGAGGCCUUCCAACGCCGCGCGAAGGCGAGGAAAGGAAAGCCAAUCGAAUACGAGCAGAUGGCCUAUUCAGACGAGAAUGUGUUACGUAUUGAUCCAUACUUGAUGCCGGACAGCAAUGUCAGGAUACUGCGACAGAUAACUUUCGCUCCCAGUGAGGACGUAGACGACUCCACCAUUGUUGACCUGGUCAAAGACUCGGAUGCCUUAUUUAAAGCCGGCCUUCGAGUUUUCAUGGCAGGCGAUGUGUCCCGUACCAAAACCAUCGAUAUCACUGAUGCCGGUGUCGCGAAGGUCGUGAAGGCCUGUCCAAAUCUGAUCGCCGUCGCUCUGCAUGGUACCCGCAACCUCGGAAGUAACGCUCUCCCAGCGAUUUUGAAAGGCUGUCAAAACAUCGAGUCCGUGACCAUCUCGGUCGCAAAAGACCAUGUCUCCAAGAAAACGAGGCUAAACGGCUUCCUCAACUGGCUGUGCGACAAGGACUUUGUUCCCAAGCUGCGCUUUCUCGAGUUUCGCGGCGUUUAUCUGAGGCCGGACCAUCGGAAUUUCCUCGACUUUUUGACAAAACGCAGACCUGCACUUGAGAUUAUUUACGAGUAUACUGGAGAAGCUGAACUCAUCCGGGAUAUGGCGAGCGUUCCACUUUCCCGUGUACCGCAGCGUCCUGCUACAAGUGGAACCAAGGAGGCUGAACCAGCGAUGACUCAACUAGGGCGUAGGUGCUUUGGAAAUCCUCUCAAGGAGGCUGGUAAUAGUAGCGCUAGCAGCGGGGUUCGCCUUGCUGGAGCUGCAGCUGCAAAUGAUAAAGAUGACGAUGACGAUGAUGAAGACGCAUGGGAAGACGAAGACGAAUCCGACGAAGACGAAUCCGACGAAGGCGAAUACGACGACAUCGAUGAACACCUCAUUUCUAACGACCCAAGAGCGAACGCGCGAAUGCUGCAGCGGCUAGGGCAACAGUCUGCACUACGCGAGGCACUUGGACGGGACCUCGAAGAUUUCGAGAUGGACAGCGAUUACGACGAUGAUGGCAUCGAUAGUGACCAAGAGAUGAGUCCGCAAGACACGCGGGAGAUGUUGAAGAUCAUGCAGAUGAUGGAUCGAGAAAUGCGACGGGGGAGAUAACUCGAGUGACGGAAGACGAAGGAACUGGGCAUCAUAAAAGCACUGUGACGCGAUUAUUUGAAUCAGUUACCUUAUGAUUAGAUACGAAGCGAUGUACUGUCUGUAACUCCGAAUACCUGCACAUUCUCUUUUCCAUAUGUUUAAGGUCCUUGGAGGUCUAUAUUUAUUAUGUUUCAUCAUCUCGUUCGCCAUCCAACUACAGCCCUAGGCCUCAAGUGCGAAUCGGCUAGGAAGAAGACAAUUGAUAUCGUGAUGACCGGCACCUUUUCCCCACGCCGCUCAUUAGGUUGAGCGGAGUGGUGGAGUACUGUGAGGGUGAAAUGAUUUGGUUUAAGGCCUGUAUCGAUUCUUCGUAGGCCCUGGGAUGUAAAUGGAUGGGCUUAGAAAAUUGGGCGAAAGAACUACGCCGAGAUAGAUCAUGAAGGUCAUUACGAUUCAGGAAUGAAUAUUGAAAGUAGUCACGCA